CGCCACGUACCGCGGCAGCCAGCCCACCCCGGCCCGGACCCCAGGGGAGAGACCCGCGGUUCGGUUCCCAGCGCUGACUCCGGAAGGGGCGAGCCGGGACUCCGGGGUCGCUCGGGAACCGUGGUUGCCUGAGGCUCGUCGCCCCCCGGCCUAGCGGGGGUAGGUGAGCAUGUCGUAUUGUCCUGGGUCCUGUGGCGCCGUGGUGGGCCGGCCCAAGCGGUGUUCGUAGAACUGGCACCCUCACUGAUAGUUGGGCGACAUGGCUAUGACCCUGUUGGAAGACUGGUGCAGGGGGAUGGACGUGAACUCUCAGAGGGCUCUGUUGGUCUGGGGCAUCCCCGUGAACUGUGAUGAGGCUGAGAUCGAAGAGACUCUCCAAGCCGCCAUGCCCCAGGUGCCCUACCGAGUACUGGGGAGGAUGUUUUGGAGGGAAGAAAACGCGAAAGCUGCCUUGUUAGAGCUCACUGGGGAGGUGGAGUACUCCCUGAUCCCCAGGGAGAUGCCAGGCAAAGGAGGGCUCUGGAAAGUGGUGUUCAAACCCCCCACUUCCGACGCGGAGUUUUUGGAAAGGCUGAACCUCUUUCUAGCUAGGGAAGGGUGGAGCGUGCAAGAUGUUGGUCGUGUGCUUGGGUUUCAGAACCCUGCUCCAGCUCCAGGCCCGGAGAUGCCGGCAGAGAUACUCAAGUGUAUUUUGGAUAAUGUUAUUCAGCCACUGGUCGAGUCGAUAUGGUAUAAGAAGCUGACGCUCUUCUCCGGGAGGGACAUUCCCGGGCCCGGCGAGGAGACCUUUGAUUCCUGGCUGGAGCACUCGAAUGAGAUCAUAGAGGACUGGCAGGUGGCUGACACAGAGAAGAGACGGCGGUUGAUGGAGAGUCUGAGGGGCCCCGCGGCUGACGUCGUGCGCAUCCUCAAGACCAGCAACCCAGCCAUAACCACCGCAGAAUGCCUGAAGGCUCUGGAGCAGGUGUUUGGGAGCGUGGAGAGCUCCCGGGCCGCCCAGGUCAGAUUUCUGAACACUUACCAGAACCCCGGAGAAAAGUUAUCUUCUUACGUCAUUCGCCUGGAGCCCCUGCUGCAGAAGGUAGUGGAGAAGGGGGCCAUUGAUAAAGAUAACGUGAACCAGGCUCGCCUGGAGCAGGUCAUCGCCGGGGCCAACCACAGCGGGGCCAUCCGGAGGCAGUUGUGGCUGACCGGGGCUGCCGAAAGACCCGCACCCAACCUCUUCCAGUUGCUGGUGCAGAUUCGCGAAGAGGAAGCCAAAGAGGAGGAGGAGGAAGCCGAGGCAGCCCUCUUGCAGCUAGGCCUGGAGGGCCACUUCUGAGUCCCUGAAGAGGCCCGGCUGCUUCUGUUAGCCCUGUGCAGCUUUGUGAGCCUGCCUGGCUCAGUAAACACCGAGCCUCCUGGUUUGCUUUGGUUUGGUUUUGUGUUCUGACGGACGGGAUACAGGGGUCAGGCCUGCACAUGCGAGCAACAUCCACGGAACUGUGUGAUUGGCACGAGCUGCAACAGUAGAGGUGGGUCAUUCUGCCGAAAAUGAAUGCCCGAGGGCAGCCGUCCUGGUGGCAUUUUGACAGCUGUGAGAACCGUGAAGCUGUGACACUUCCUAUCAAGAUGACUGUGAGGCUGCAGGUUCAGAUGCUAAGCGCAGGCCUGGCCCGCGGCACCAACCCCUGUGUUUGUUCCUAACUUUGUGGAUAGUUUCACGGUAAAUUGUUCCUAAUUUGUAUCGAUGGAAAGAACGUGGUUCUAUUAGGUGAUAUUGCUUAUCUUGAAAAUGCAGACUUCUAGUUUCUCAUGGUGGACACUGGAAUCUGUUUACCUGAAAAGUAUCCUGGGACUAAAAGUGGCUUGUUAGAAAAAAAGUGCUUUUAUGGGCUGUACAAUCGAUUCUUCCUGGCAUAGGAUACAUAUAUAAAUCACCGGGGAAGUUGCCAUGAACAGGCUGCACUUCUCUCUCUCUUCAAAUAUUUGUCAUAUAAUUAUUGGUCAUGUUGAUGCUACGUGUUCUAAAUUUGAAGUCACCAAAUAGAUGUAUACAAAUAAAAAUUUGAAAAGCC